GCAAUGACCCAGCACGUCUGAGGCCCAGCAUCUGUGGGGAUGGAGCUGAAGGUCUGGGUAGAUGGGAUCCAGAGGGUUGUCUGUGGUGUCUCAGAGCAAACCACCUGCCAAGAAGUGGUCAUCGCUUUGGCGCGGGCCAUUGGUCAGACAGGUCGUUACAUGCUGGUGCAGAGGCUGAGAGAGAGGGAGAGGCAGCUGCUGCCUCUGGAGUGCCCCUUGGAGCUGCUGGCCAAGUGUGGGCAGUAUGCCAACGACGUGCAGUUUGUUCUGCGGCGGACAGGCCCCAGCGUGGCGGAGCGACCCUCCUCGGAGGGCACUCCCCAAGUCCCCGAGAGGACAUUUAUCCGGGCCAGCUUGCCCAUCAAGCCCAGGCUUGCCUGCGUGGAUGCAUCCCGUUCCCGGGAGCCAAAAAAAUCCAUGACCUUCAACUUGGGUCCUACAGGCUCCAGUGAACAGUUUGCCAUGAGCCGCUGGAGGCAUCAAAUGCGGGAAGGGAUGGACAUGGGGAGCAGUGGGAUUGUUCAGCCCUCCAAGGAUGAGCUGUUCAGGAGGGUGCUGUGGCAGCAGGAGCAGCUGCAUUCCUUGGAGGCCCUCAGGGACACCCUAGAGACAGACCUACGGCUCUGGGAGCACAGCCAGCUUGACAGCCAGGAGGAUGAGAUCUUCUACCUGGAGCACCUGGUGCAGAGGAAUGAGACAGAGCUGUGCGAGGAGGAAUUUUGGCAGAGUGAGCUCCGACUGGAGAAGGAGUGUGAGCGGGAGCGGCAGGAGAGGGUUAGGAGUCUACGGGCUGACCUGGAGGAGUAUACGCAGAGGAUUUACGAACUGAGUGCCCGGACCGAAGCCCUGCAGAAGGAAAUCCAGUGGGAGAUGGCUGAGAGGGCCAAGAGGGGGAAGGAAACUCCUGCGCCCAGCCCCACAGAGCUGGAGGACAUGGCUGUCAAGAUGAAAAGGGACCUGGAGGCCAAGGUCAAGCAAGGCACCCAGCUGGAAAUCAACCUGGCCAGCGUGGAGAAGGCACUGGAGGAAGCUGAAAGGAACUUGCAGGCCCAGACCCACGAGCUGGAGGAGUUAAAUAAGGAGCUGAGGCAGUGUAAUUUGCAGCAGUUUAUUCAGCAGACGGGGGCCACGGUGACCAUCCUGCAGGCCAGGUCCGAGGAGGACGCCCCGCCGGAGCCCAGCCCAGCCUGCCGGGGCCACGCAGGUUUUCCUUCCACCACUGGUUCAGACUCACCUCCCCAGGUCAGCAUCAAGCAGCUCCUCAGCCAUCCCAGGACCCUGCCAGAGCCUCUGGUGUCCAGCUUGAACCCCAAGGUUGUAUCAACCAGGCAGAGCAUCUGGAGGUAG